AUGUCUGAGUCAGAUGAUGUCAUGCUGAGAAUCACUGAGGGUCAUAAAACCACCCUGAAAAACAAAUAUGAGUUCUUAUAUGAAGGUGUUGCACUAAAAGAAAACCAAACCCUCCUCAACAGCAUUUACACAGAGCUCUACAUCAUAGACAGAGAGAGUGAAGGAGUGAAUGAGAAACAUGAAGUUUUACAGAUUGAAACAUCAUCCAGGACAAGGGAUUCUCAAGACAAACCAAUCAGCUGCAAUGACAUCUUCAAACCCUUGUCAACCAACCAAACUAUAGAGGACAAAGAAACCUUGUGUAGUCAGGAACCAGGAGGGGACAGAAAAAAUCUAAAAAUCAGAGCUGUACUCACCAAGGGCAUCGCUGGAAUUGGAAAAACAGUCUCUGUGCACAAGUUCAUUCUGGACUGGGCAGAGGGAAGGACCAAUCAGGACAUUGAUUUUGUAUUGAUUCUUCCUUUUCGAGAGCUGAACUUGGUUAAAGGUGAUCAUUUCAGUCUUCAUGGACUCCUGCUAGAGUUUCACCCAGAGCUGAAAGACUUGGAUCCAAAGAAAUAUAAUGACUGUAAAAUGCUGUUCAUUUUUGAUGGUUUAGAUGAGAGUCGACUUCAGAUAGAUUUUUCUCAGAGGCUGUGUGAUGUGACCACAACAUCAUCAGUGAACAAACUGAUAUCAAACCUCAUUCAAGGAAAUCUUCUUCCCUCUGCACUCAUCUGGAUAACCUCCAGACCAGCAGCAGCCAGUCAGAUCCCCUCUCAGUUCAUCAGUCGUGUGACAGAAGUCCAAGGAUUCACUGAUUCACAGAAAGAGGAAUACUUCAGAAAAAGAGUCGGUGAUGAGAGUCAAGCCAACAGAAUCAUCUCACACAUCAAGGCAACAGUGAGUCUCCACAUCAUGUGUCACAUCCCAGUGUUCUGUUGGAUUUCAGCCACUGUGCUUCAGGAAAUGCUACAUCAAGACAAUGUAAAAGAGAUCCCUAAAACUCUGACUGAGAUGUACACACACUUCCUGCUCAUUCAGACCAAAAUGAAGAAGCAGAAAUAUGAAGAGAAAAUUGAGACAGACUCAAAGAAUCCUCUUGAAUCAAGCAAGGAGAUCUUUCUGAAACUUGCUAAUCUGGCUUUUAAUCAGCUGCUGAGGGGCAAUAUCAUGUUUUAUGAAGAGGAUCUGAAAGAAUGUGGCAUUGAUGUGAGUGAGGCCACAGUGUACUCUGGGAUUUGCACUGAGAUCUUUAAGGAGGAAUCUGUGCUUCGACAGAAGAAGGUUUACUGCUUUGUUCAUCUGAGUGUUCAAGAGUUCUUUGCUGCUCUCUAUGUGUUUUACAGCUAUGUAAACAAGAACAUGAUGGAACUGGAGUAUUUUCUGCAGGAAGAGACCAGAGGACAACUCAGCAAAUUUAAGAAGGGACUGAAGGCUUUUUUGUGGGGAAAGACCAGAGUGGAGCCAAACUAUGUUCCAUUGGAUGCAUUGCUGAAAAAAGCUGUGGAUAAAUCUUUGGAGAGUAAGGAUGGACGUCUCGAUCUGUUUGUCCGCUUCCUUCAUGGCAUCUCACUGGAGUCCAACCAGAAACUCCUACAGGGCCUGCUGACACACACACAGAACAACCAGGAGAGCAUCAAGGAAAUAAGCCUUUACAUCAAAGAGUUAAAUAAAGAUGGUGUCCCACCUGAGAGAUGGAUCAAUCUACUGCACUGCUUGACUGAAAUGAAUGAUCGCUCUCUCCAUGAAGACAUUCAAGCUUUUGUUAAGUCUGAAAAUUACAGAACCGAACUCUCACUUGCACACUGCACAGCACUGGCCUACAUGUUUCUGAUUUCAGAGGAGGUGCUGGAUGAGUUUGAUCUGAAGAAAUACAAUGCAUCAGAUGAGGGUCGUAGGAGACUGCUCCCAGCUGUGCGGUGCUGCAGAAAAGCUUUAAUUGCUGGUUGUAAACUCAAUAAACAGUCCUGUGAAGCUGUAGCCUCAGUUCUACAGUCAUUAAACUGUCCUCUGAGAGAACUGGACCUGAGUAACAAUGAGCUUCAGGAUUCAGGAGUGAAGUCGCUCUGUGUUGGAUUAAGGAAUCCAUACUGUAAACUGGAGAUACUGAGACUUGCUGGUUGUAAACUCACCAAACAGUCCUGUGAAGCUGUAGCCUCAGUUCUACAGUCAGUAAACUGUCCCCUGAGAGAACUGGACCUGAGUAACAAUGAGCUUCAGGAUUCAGGAGUGAAGAUGCUCUGUGUGCAACUGGAGAAUCCACACUGUAAACUGGAGAUACUGAGUGUGGACGAUGGCUUGAUGAUUACAAAACGACAAGUAUUAACAGACUAUGCCUGUGAUCUCACACUGGACCCAAACACAGUAAACACAAAGCUCUCUCUCUCUGAGGGGAACAGAAAGGUGACACGUGUGAAAGAGAAACAGUCGUAUCCUGAUCAUCCAGAGAGAUUUGAUGAGUGUCGUCAAGUCAUGUGUAGAGAGAGUCUGACUGGACGCUGUUACUGGGAGACUGAGAGGAGUGGAGUUAAUGCUGGUAUAUCAGUGACAUAUAAAGGAAUCAGGAGGAAAGGAGAGAGUCGUGACUGUAAGUUUGGAGACAAUAAAAAGUCCUGGAGUCUGAUCUGCUCUGAUAACAGUUACUCUGCCCGUCACAAUAAACAGAGCACUGACAUACCUGCCCCCCCCUCACACACACACAGAGUAGGAGUGUAUCUGGACUGGUCGUCUGGAACUGUGUCCUUCUACAGCGUCUCCUCUGACACACACACACUCACACACAUACACACAUUCCGCUCCACAUUCACUGAACCCCUCUAUGCAGGGUUUACUGUUUAUUAUGACUCCCCAGUGUCUCUGUGUCAGAUAAAAUAA